CUCGUGAUCAUCUCGCCGUUGACAAGGGCGCUGCAAACGCUCAAGUUGGGCCUGCGGGUUCCUGAGCAUACUCGCAUCGUCGCGCUGGAGACGGCGAGGGAGCGGAAAGGACUUCACCCGUGCGAUAGCAGGAGAUCAAGAGAGAUUCUGCAAGCCGAGUACCCGGAUGUGAUGGCAGCUUCAUGUGAUUCCUGA